AUGCGUCAAGCACCUGGGGAUCUCAAAAAGAGGCUUGAGACAAUGUCCGUGUACUUAUGUGAAACUACUUCACACUCAGCCUACGCAGAGGCCAUAAUUACUGGAUUUUUCCAGUCGGCGGGGAGCAAUGUAACUGAGGAAACAAGCUUGCUCUCCGUCAAAAAUGAGAUCCAUGGAGUUUUCAAUGCUUACGGUCCGGUUCUAUUACCAUAUGCAAAUACCCUAAAUUUACAAAUCCAAGUGAUCGAUACUGUGGAGAGAAUCUGCCUUGAAGCGGACUCAUCGUUUUUUCCAGCUUUCGGUUACAUAAUUCAGGUUCUGUCGAACCACGGUGUGGACUUCGAAGCAAUUCAGGUUUGGAAAACCCGUAAGAACAAGGAACGGGAUGAAGGAACGUUGUCACCACGAGAGGUAGCGCUGCUGACAAACUUGCUGGGUACGCCGAUAGGACCUGCCGGUGCGAUCCUUCAGGAGUACGAUCUUGGCCAGGCUAGCCAAGACGCCAGAAACAUGGGCUUCUAA